UCCCAGGGCCCCACCCAAGGGAGCCAGCUGCCCUUUGACCUCCGGGGCGCCGCGAAGUCCCAGUCAGGGUUCAAAUUCCGCUUGGAGCAAAGGGCUUUCUGAGGGAGGGCCGGAGGCCCAGCUCUGGGGCAGUCCUAGCCUGGCCUCCAGCUUGCCAGGGCACCGGCCGCUGACAGCUCCUUCCCACAGGGGAAACCGAGGCACAAGAAAGCUCAGUGAGCUGGACAGCUCCUGGGACACCAUGAGCCAGCCGGCGCCUCUGAGCAGCAGCCCCAGAUCGCCCAACGGCAGCGUGGGGCGCUCCGACGGGAUGGCCAAGAUGAGCGCCAAAGACCUGUACGAGCAGAGGAAGAAGUACUCCAACUCCACCUUCAUCAUGCACGAGACGUCCCAGUACCACGUGCAGCACCUGGCCACAUUCAUGAUGGACAAGAGCGAAGCCAUCGUCACCGUGGACGACGCCAUCCGCAAGCUGGUGCAGCUGAGCUCCAAGGAGAAGGUGUGGACGCAGGAGAUGCUGCUCCAGGUCAGCGACUCGGCCCUCAGGCUGCUGGACUGCGAGUCCCAGGAGGAGCUCGAGCACUUCCCCCUGGGCACAGUGCAGCACUGCCAGACGGUCCUGAACCAGCUCUUCCGCUACCCCUCGGUGCUGCUGCUCGUGUGCCAGGAGUCCGAGCAGAACAAGCCCGACGUGCACUUCUUCUGCUGCGACGAGGUGGAGGCCGAGCUGGUGCACGAAGACAUCGAGAGCGCCCUGGCGGAUAGCAGGCUGGGGAAGAAGAUGCGCCCGCAGACGCUCAAGGGCCACCAGGAAAAGAUCCGGCAGCGCCAGUCCAUUCUCCCUCCGCCCCGGGGCCCCGCGCCCAUCCCCUUCCGCCCAGAUGCCAGCGGUCCCCCUCCCAGCUCCAAGAAUCGUGUGGCCCCCCCGGUGCCCGUCAGCGUGCCAGAUCACGGACGAGGGGACUCUCAGGACGACGAGCCCAGGGCCGUCCUGGCCCACAAGAUCGAGAAGGAGACGCAAAUCCUCAACUGCGCCCUGGAUGACAUCGAGCUGUUCGUGGCCCGCCUGCAGAAGGCGGCCGAAGCCUUCCGCCAGCUCAACCAGAGAAAGAAGGGCAAGAAGAAUAGAAAGAGGGGCCCGGCGGAGGGGGUCCUGACGCUCAGGGCCAAACCCCCCUCCGAGGCGGACUUCAUCGACUGCUUCCAGAAAAUGAAGCUGGCCCUGAACCUCCUGGCCAAGCUGCGGAAGCACAUCCAGAACCCGAGCGCCGCCGAGCUGGUGCACUUCCUCCUGGGGCCCCUGGAGCUGAUCAUAAGCAGCUGUGGAGGCCCCGACGUCGCCCGCUCCGUGGUCAGCCCGCUCCUCUCCCGAGACUGCGUGGACUUCCUGCGGGGCCACCUGAUCCCCAAGGAGAUGGCCCUGUGGGAGGCGCUGGGGGACACGUGGAGCCGCCCUCGAGCCGAGUGGCCCCGCGACGCCCACGUGGCGCCCUACGUGCCGAGGUUCCACAACGGCUGGGAGCCCCCCCUGGACGUGCUGCAGGGAGCCCCCUGGGAAGUGGAAGGUGGGCCGCUGCCGGACGCGGAGCGGAGCCCGGCCAACGGGUUCUCCUACCGCCACUCCCUGAAGCAGAGCCCGGGCCCCGAGCCCGCACCCCCCGGAGAAGGCUUCCCACCAGGGGGCUCCCCCAGCUCCAACAGGAGAGUCGAGCCACCGGCCAUGGCCAAGUUCGCCAAGAUCCGUUACGACUUCACAGCCCGCAAUGCCAACGAGCUGUCCGUGCUGAAGGACGAGGUCCUGGAGGUGCUGGAAGACAACAAGCAGUGGUGGAAACUGAGGAACAGGAGUGGACAGGCCGGCUAUGUGCCCUUCAAUAUUUUGGAUGUGCUCAAACUGGAAGAUGUAUACUCCCUAAAUGAGCAGGACAGUCAGAAAUACCGGGGAGAUCUGAGUCCCCGAGGCCCAGGCCCCACCAGCCCCUUCCACAAGCUGCCCCCCAGCUACGCAGGGGACAAGGACGCCAAAGAGCAACUUAUCCACCACAUGGACGAGCUGAACCAUGAGCUGAUCCAAAAGAUGAGCAACCCCAAAGGGCAGCCGCCGCAGAGGAACUUCCGGGUGGAGAGGAGCAGGCCGGUGUUGGCGCCGCUGACCUACCACUCCAGCGCCCAGGAGGUCCGAAUGUGGCUGGAAGCCAAGUCCUUCAGCCCGAGGGUCGUGGAGCCCCUGGGCAUCCUGACGGGCGCCCAGCUCUUCUCCCUUAACAAGGACGAGCUGAAGAAAGUGUGCGGGGACGAGGGCGCCCGCGUCUACAGCCAGCUCACGGUGCAGAAGAGCCUCCUGGAGCAAAACCCGGCUGGGUCCGAGUUGGAGGAGCUCCUGAUAAGGUUCCAGAAGAAGACGAUGGACGAGGGCCACAGCUAGGCCUUCGGGGAGGCCGGGGGAGGGCCGGCCCGCUCAGUGUUGUGUGAAGUAGUAUCGUCCCCCGUCGGUGCGGGCACAGGGCGGCCCCCGCUCCCCCUCCCCCGCUCGCUGCUGCCCCUCGCUUCCCGGCCCCCCGGCUCCUGAGCCGGCGCAGGGAGGGCCCCUCCGGGCCCUGGGCUGAGGCCGCUGCCCACAGGGGUUCCCUCUUUCUCCGGGACGUGCCGAAGGGGGCCCGGGAGGGCGGCCGGAGCAGCAAAGACCAGGCGUCCGGCCCCCACUUCUCCUUCUGUCCCGAACUUCCGAGCGCAGCGCGGCCGAGCCAGGGAAGAGCUGGCCGGCCGGGCUGGGCCUUGGAAGAGUCAUUAAAGCGCUGAUCUCUGCACCA